GAAAGAACUGUCAAAAGUGUCAUAACAAUUGGUUGUAUUCUGCUGUGCUGAGAUAUUAAUUUUCAGAAAAAUAAUGAUUAAGCCCAAAAGAAAUUAGUACCACUGAGUUUGAUAUUGUAUUUGACUUGUUUGAUAGAUAUUAAUUAAUUUUUCACUCUAUCAUGGCUCAAGAACUUACUGAACUGUGCCAGUUGUUGUUUCCAGAUUCGGGCAGCGGAAAUGCAGAAUACUUCAGUGAAAUCAAUGAAUACGUCAAAAAAUUGGGGUCCCAAAACUGGGAACACAUAAAAAAAGAGCCAGAAAGAUUGACUGAGGAGAUGAACCAACUAACAGAGCAAACUCAAGACCUGGCAUUUACAAAUUAUAAAACUUUUGUGGAGACGGCAGAGAUCUCACGAACCAUCAUGAAGGACCUUGGGAAUUCUAAAGAAUCACUAACAAAGUUCCUUAAUGCUACUCCUGAAUUUAUACAGGAAUGCGAGAAUUUUUCGCAAAUGGCUGGAAAUAUUGUUAAGGAGAAAAGUCGCUACAGUUCCAUCCGCAACCAGAGUGAGAAGUUGCUAGAACUAUUAGAAUUACCUGCGUUGAUGCGUGAAGCCCUCUCUGCCGAGGACUAUGAGAGUGCUUUGGAUAUCUUCACAUUCAUACGGAACUUAUCCAAGCGGUAUUCUGAGAUACCUUUAGUUCAGAACACCACAUCCGAGAUCAUGACACUCUGGUUUGAGACGCUAUAUCAUUUGUUCAAUCAGCUCCGAUAUGAUUUGCCGUUGCCGCAAUGUCUUCAGAUACUCGGCUACCUCCGAAGAGCCAACACCGUAUACCGGUCUACAGAUGACGAUGGAAGCAUCCAAUACACUGGAAGCAAAACUAACACAUCUGAUGGGCUUCAUUUGCAUUUUCUGAAAGCAAGAAACGCUUGGUUCGAGAAAGCUUUGGAGGAUGCCAAAAAUACUGAAUCCAGUGAAAGACUGCUAAGGAGAAUAGUGGAGUUGCACAGAAUUCAUCUGUUCAACGUACUGACGCAGCACAAAUCUAUAUUUCUGUCCGAUGCCCACGAGUCUAGAGCGAGGGAAGACGAACUGAAUGGAACCAGUGCCUUGUCCUGUUGGUUGAAACAAAAGGUAGAAGUUUUGGCCCAAAUCCUAAACCGAGACUUACAAAACGAAGAUGAGUCCAACUUCGAAUCCCUAUUCAACCAGUGCAUGUAUCUCUGUCUAUCAUUUGGACGAGUAGGCGCCGACAUGAGAUGCACUCUAACCCCUCUAUUCAGAAAAAAUCUUCUUGCCCAAUUCUACAAAGGAUUAGAAAAAGCUGAAAACCACUUUGAGAAUCAGAUGAAGUCAUAUAAAGUUCCUACCAUAAAGAAUGUACCAAGGCCAGUGAAUGAAAAUGCUUCUGCAGGUCCGCCGGAAAGUCUAUUAGACUAUUACCCGUUAGCUGAAUACUGCAAUGGAAUGUUGAUAGUACUGAAUAUGUUAAGAAACACAGCACCGUUGAAUAUAGUGAAAGAAGUUUAUAACGCGUAUAGGAACUCUUUGAACCAGGCUGUUCAAGUUCUAACAGCAUUUUACCACAGAGAGCAGCAAGCGUUCACGGAUAUCGAGAGGCAGAAUUUUGUUUCGUUAUGCAUUUGUUUUACCGAAGAUUUUGUGCCGUAUAUAUCGAAGUGCCUAUCGCUGUCUUUUCCUUCUACUCAGAUAGCAGAGUUGCUUGGAGUUACUCUGACGGUUUUGCAAGAAAGCAAGCUUUUGCAUAUUGACCAAGUUGGGUUAUGUGAGCCUUUGAAUAGUAUUACUGGGUUGACUAUCAAUUAAAAUGUUGUAUGUGUAUAUAACAGUGUAUUAUACUAAUGUAUUCACAAUUAUUUAUAAGAAACAACGGUUAGAAGCACCAUUUCAAGUUAAUCAAUAUACUAUAAGAAGGCGAACGCAUAAGACAUAUUUUGGCGCAUUAGGUUCUCAAAUAAGACAAUAAAAGAUUUAAAAAAGAAUA